AUGGUGGUAAUCAACAUGGUUAUCAACAAAACUACCGAGGUGGUCGUGGACAUGGUUCUCAUCGUGGACACUUCCAACAAGACCAGAGGUUCAACGGUCCUCGUCACAGAGGACGAGGUGGACAUUUCAACAACUUACAAUGGACGGCGCCUGGUCCGAAACAAGGACGACCGAGAUGCCCCUCCACCUGAAGAAGAGAAUCCCUUCAGACCGUCCAGAGAAUUGCAGGUGGAGGAUCAGGGGAACGGCAGGAUCAACAACACUGAUCAGAACACACAGGGUAAUGACCAACGAGGACCGGCUGCUUCCAAAUUUAGCUUCGCCUUCAAGUCCAAAGCUCCUCCUCAGGCUCCAGCUAAACCUGCUGCAGAUUUUUCAAAACCAAAAGGGCCAUUCCAGCCUCCAGACAAUCGACCAGCACCACCACAAGGCCCCAAGAACAAACAUUUCGACCGCCGCGACGAGAGACAUGGAUUUCGGCCCUAUGACCGGAAAUUUCCGGGACAGCAUGAUCGAAGGUAUCCCAAUGAUCGUCAGCCACCGCUGCAUCAACAACUCCCUCCAAAAGAACGCCGUCCGGACCGAUCUCGUUCCCCCCCUUCGAAAAAGAUCAAGAAAGAGAUCAAGUCUCGGCCUACACUGCCUCCUGAGUUUGCAGAGUCCGAGUCUAUUUACUUCCGAAAGCCUGGUAAUGAGUCUGUUGUCGGCGCAGGAACAUACGGAAAAGUGUUCAAAGCCAUUCAUAUCUACACAAAGGACAAGGUUGCGCUGAAGAAAAUUCGUAUGGAAGGUGAACGAGAUGGAUUUCCCAUAACGGCCGUCCGCGAAAUCAGACUGUUACAACACCUGCGACACAAACACGUUGUCGCCUUACAAGAGGUCAUGGUGGAAAAGAACGAGUGCUUCAUGGUUUUUGAGUAUCUUUCGCACGAUCUAACUGGACUCAUCAACCAUCCGACGUUUAAACUUACGUCUGCACACAAGAAGGACCUGGCGAAACAGAUGUUUGACGGUCUGGAUUACCUCCAUCGGCGGGGUGUGCUGCAUCGGGACAUCAAGGCCGCCAAUAUUCUGAUCUCUAACACUGGUCAACUGAAAUAUGCCGACUUUGGUCUCGCACGGUUCUACAACAAGUCUCGGAAACUCGACUACACCAAUCGUGUGAUCACUAUCUGGUAUCGACCACCAGAACUUCUUCUGGGCGAAACCCAAUACGGACCUGAGGUGGACAUAUGGUCUGCGGCUUGCGUAUUCGUGGAGAUGUUCACCAAGAAAGCGAUCUUCCCGGGAGAGGGUGGAGAGCUCAGUCAGCUGGACAAAGUAUACAACGUCCUCGGCACACCAACUCGGUCAGAUUGGCCUGGGAUUGUGGACCUCCCUUGGUUUGAGCUUAUGCAGCCGGUCGAUCGACGAAAGAGGAUAUUCGAAGCAAUGUUCAAGGACGUCUUCACGCCGGCUGGUCUCGAUCUGGUCCAGAAUAUGUUCAAAUACGACCCGAAAAAGCGACCCAACGCGGAGCAAGUGCUCAAUCACGAGUAUUUUACUUCUGAGGAACCAUUGGCAGAACAACCGGUGGAGCUUGCAAAUGUCGAGGGCGACUGGCAUGAAUUUGAGAGCAAGAUGCAUAGAAGGGAGAAUGACAAACGUGAGAAAGAGCGUAAGAAAGAGGAGUACGCUCGCGAAAAGGAGAAGAGAAAAGCUCGAGAGGCCGGUCUGCCUGAUCCGACGCCAGCCACCGACAAAAAGGUCAGAUUAGAUGACGAAACAGCCUUAAAAGGAAGCAUGCCUCCUCCACCACCUGCAAAUGGCGAUAAUCCAAAAACGAACGAGAAUAGGGCGGCUGACCCUCCAUCGGAGAAGGCGACAGAGCGUGAAAACGAUGAAGGGGAUUCGGAGGGUGAAGACGGUGCGCCCAUGAGCAUGUCGCCCGCUUGA